GGUCUCAGCUAAACUUCUUCUUCAUUCAAGGUUUUGGAAAACUAUUUGGUUCUUCUUUGGAAAUUCUUAUGUUUUCAUAAUGGGUUUACAUUCGAAGCGGUCGAAAAAAGCGCAAGACAUCGACAGCGAUUUCGAAGAUUUUGAUGAAGACAUGGAGAACGGGAAUCUAACUUUGGGGCAUGAAGAAGAAGAAGAAGAAGCUAAUUACGAAGGUGAAGAUGGAGAGGGAGAUGAAGGAGAAGCUAACAAUGGAGAUGAGGAGAUGGAACAGCUAGAAGAAGAGUAUCAGAAUCUUAAGCACCAGGAAAUAGAUAUUUUUAAUGAUUUGAAGCGUCACAAGGAUGAAGAUCUUCUUAAGGGUCAGGCAGUGAAAAAUCAAAAGGCUCUUUGGGACAAAGCUCUGGAGCUCAGAUUGUUAGUUCAGAAAGCAUUCUCAAGUGCAAAUAGAUUACCCCAGGAGCCAAUUAGGUCUUCAUUCUGUAAUUCAGAUGAGGGUGUCAAUACAGCAUAUUCAGAUCUCAUUACCUCAUCUAAGAAUACUUUAUGGCCUGUUUGGAAGUUUAGAGUAGUGAGGAGAGUCAGUGGAGGAGUUCUCAUAGCUCAUGAACUGAGACUCAGAGGACCUCAGCAUUUCCAUCGGAGACAGCUUUGCUUGAGAAAGAAUCCUUCUAUUGCUGAAUCCUCAGAUGGUAUUGAACAAGUUCUCUUUGUAUUAUUGGUCAAGGGUUUCUCAAUUGCAUUUGAGAAUAUUAGUGAGCAAGUUGCUGAUUAUAUGAGAGAUCCAAGUAGAAUGCUCAAGCAGAUGCAACUGAGGAGAUCAACAGUCAGUGUAUUUGGAACUGAUCCUGACAGGGAAAAUAGCGCUAAGGGAGAGGAAGUACAAGCUGAUGGUGAUCCAGAACUUUUGGAUGACUCCGAAUUUUACACGCAAUUACUGAAGGAAUUCUUAGAGACAAAUGACCCAAAAUCAUCUGAUUUUUAUGCUUUGAAAAGGUUGCAAACUAAGAAGAGAAAGAUCGUUGAUCGGCGUGCCUCAAAGAGUUGCAAAAUAAGGUAUAAUGUUCAUGAAAAGAUUGUCAAUUUCAUGGCUCCUCAGACUAUGGAUCUUCCUCCUAUGGCUCCUAAAUUAUUUGAGAAUUUGUUUGGGUUGAAGACCCAAAAACCAGCUUCUGUUGUCUAGUGUAAAGUCUUAUCGGUUCAUAGGCUUUUGCAAUUUUGUAAUAUUUGUCGACAUAAUUGUUUGUUUUAAUUUAAUUCCUUGAUAUCUUUUAUAUACUUGUAUUAUCUCCAUAAAUGUUUUCUUUU